AUGCAAUCUGUGAGAGCUUUGACUCAACAGUGGAUUGAAACCUUUGAUCGAUUUAUGGAUGUAAACAAAUUUCUUUUUUAACAUCUUAGGAAUCAUACGAUAGAGUCAAUGGAGCCAUUGACUCUAUUUACGAGUAAAUUUGUUUAAAGCCAGCUCCUGAAUAGAACCCAAGUUCCAAAUUUGUCAAAUUACCUGAUGCUCCUCAAGUGAAGAUAGAAGUGAUAAUCAAUAUCACUCCUGAUGAGACCAAAUCAUUUAGGUAAAAAAGAAGUUUUUAAUUAAUUUAUAUAGACAUGUGUAAUAAUAGAAGGUGGUAGUAGUACAAGAAGAGCAGGAGGUAUUUGAGAGAUAGGAGGAUCUCUUACAAAUUUUAUCCAAUGUUAAUUACAUUAAUAUUGAUGAUGACUCAUCAUCAAUAUUUAAGAAACUCUUAGAUAUGCUUAAGAAGGAGUAAAUCAAAGACUGUGUGGCAUAUCUCUAAUCAUUUAAGAAUUAAGAUAAAAAGGAGAAGGAGAAGGAGCAAAUUAAUAGGAUAAUUAACAUUCUGAAGAACUUAAAAGAUCAUGAAUUCAAUUAGAAAGACUAUUCCUCAGAACCAUUUGAAGAGAUUAAAAAGAAUCUGAUAAAGAAGUUGUAAGGUGAUAAGAACAUGAUGGAGUUAUUAAAAUUUUUAAUCAUGCUUACUAGUAUAGAUGAUCAAUUCAUCUAAUGUGGAUCCAACUCACUUCAUAUGCUGGUAAUGAUGAAGGUAGAUCUCAGAAAUCAAUGCUUUGAGGAUAUCAGGAUGAAGAAUACUUCUUUGAAUGGUGGUAACUUUGUAAGAUGUAAUAUGAUUGGAUCAGAAUUUGAGAAUGUGGAUAUUAGCGGAGUUAAUUUUAAUGGAGCUUAGAUGUUCAAUUGUAAAUGA